CUCAUGACCCGUGACGUCACUCGCAUGCUGUAAAUAUUCUGUGCCGGCCAAUUUUCUCGAAUAUUCCCAAAUACCUGUCGAAUUCUCCCGUGAGAUACAGGAUGGCGGACAGUACUACUGGUGGUGGCUCAACUGGAGCAGGGGAUGCUGGGACAGCCCCCUCAGAGUCACAGCCUGGGGUCGUGAAUUACAUGUUGGCCCAUAAAGUGGACGCUGGCCUGUGGUUGAGUCGAGUCUUCACCGUGGGAUGCUCCCUUCUGUAUGCCAUACCGUUGUUAGGUGUCCAUGUUGCGUACGGCUGCUACCAGCGGGCCCUGAUCAGCAGUGCCAUCACCAGCGUGCUGCGGCUGCACCAGAGACUGCCCCGCCCGCAGCUCACCAGGGAGUUCUUUGCCCAGCUGGUGCUGGAGGACAGCGCACACUAUCUCUUCUUCGCACUCAUCUUCGUCAACUCAUUCCCCUUCACAAUGAUUCUCAUGCCAGUGUUCCUGUUUGCCCUGCUCCAUGCAACAGCCUUCACCAAGACAUUACUUAAUCUCCAGGGCCCAAACGCUGGCCAGUUUCUACGUUCCUUACUGGACAAGCUGGUUGCCAGGCAGCAGGACAUCUUACGCCUGGUGGCCUGCACAGAGAUUUUCCUCAUGCCGGCAGUGGUCUUCAUGGUGUUCGGAGGACGGAUGAGUCUGCUGGUGCCGUUUAUCUACUACCGUUUCCUGACCCUGCGGUACGCCUCCAGGAGAAACCCCUACUCAAGACAGCUGUUCUAUGAGCUGCGUGUGAUGAUGGAACAGCUGUGUUCCCGCCCCAGCUGCCCUGUCUUCAUCCGUAACAUGUGCAACAAGGCCAUCGGCAUCAUCUCCCGCCUGGCUCCACCAGUGGCACAGUGACACUGCCUAUAUGUACAUCCUUACACUACCAUGAAACAUCAUGUAUGCUUUGGUUUCUAUCAUCAAAAUAUAAAAAAUUGUAUUUCUUACACAACAAAAAAGAUCAAUUCACCAUAUGUUGAACACCUCUCCUGCCUGGCUACACUGGUCGCAGAGUGACACAAUUUCGCAAUUACCUACAUGUGCAUGUACAUGUAUGCUUUACUCUGGGAUGAGUGAAACCUCAUAUGUAUUUUGGUUUGUACAUUGUAUCAUUGAAACAGAUUCAACCUACAUUGUAACUGUAUGUUUAACAUCAGAUAAAUUCAUUGUAUUCUGGUCAACUGCCAUAAGGUUGCACAGUGACAUAGCUGACAUGUAUGUCCUUACACAAGCAAGAAACAUUGUUACGUCUUGGUUUCUAUCAUUGAAACUGUGUCAACCUAAUUAUAUUUCCAACACCAUUUUCUAUCCAUCCUCUGCAUGUGCAGCAAGCUGAAGGCAUUAGUUUAUCAAAGGAAAUUCAUCCAAUUUCCAACAUGACAAGAUAACUUCAACAAAGUCUGUUCUUCUACCAAAUGGGCCAUACAACCACAUAUAGACAGAACCUAAAGCACCUGCAAACAGUUGCUUGGUGCAAGUGAAAAGAAUGAACUAGAAAUCUAUGAAAGCCCAAAAAACUUCCGGCAGUCAAUAAUCACUAGUUGUCAGCAUUUCAUUUACAGUACAUACAUGUACAUGUGGAUAGAACUGAUGUCAUGGUACAAUUUCAAGUCCUAAAGUGAAUAUAUGAAUUUGCAGAUACAACCAGACAAUCCCUGUACAUAUAUCGUACAAAAAUGUAACACAAACAUAUCACUGAAUAAUGUAGAGAUAUCACUGAAAUGUGAAAAGAUGUCCUUUGUGUGCUUUCACUAACUGUACCCUCAUCAGUUGUAUACAUACCAGCAAUGUUCUGAAAGAAAUGUACUUUCUACAUAAGAAAAAUUUUAUCAGAAAACUGCUGUCCAACAUAGAAUUCACAGAUUAACAAUAUAACUUAUGAACAGUUAUGAACAACAGUGUAUGGAAAGUGUUACAUGUGUGUUUAUUUCUGAUGAAUAUAGUCUCAGUGCUGUAUCUUCCACUUAGGUUACCACUCAACAUUGUCCUCUUCAUUGUGAAAGUGGUAAGGGUAAGAACUGUUUGAAUAUGCAUAAACUCUACUGUGGCUUACAGUCCUUCCAGUAAUUUCAAGAAGUGUUGAUAUUGAUAGUGGUUCAUGAAUUGUUAGUGUCCUAUCCAAACAACAUACUCUAUUUAUUUAUACUCUUUGUACAUGUAGUAUUAUAUAAACCAUAGAAUACAAAAUGUGUGUUGAGGGAGACAUAAAGAAAGUGUAUCAAAUUGCCGAUUUAAAAGUGUACGUUUAAGAAAUGAAACCUUGAAUGAAAAAAACCUCACUUUUGACUGUGGACACACGAAAAAAAGUACGAUAUUGAAAAAUCAGAUUGUGCUCAAGUCAAAUAUCUCUGACUCAAAGUUAAUACAGACAAGGAAAUACAUGUACAUGUACCUUAAUACAGAAGGAAGUAUGUUGUUUCAGCUGACAUGUAAAACUUCAUCUUUCAGCAACAAGGUUAAAUUCUUCUUAACCCCCUAGUCUUGCCCAACUUUAACUGACCCAUUGUUGAUAAUUCAUUUUUUCAAUGGCCACAUUUUUAUAUGUACUUGUAUUGUGAGGUCUGUGUAUUGAGAUUAAACUGUAGGAUCAUAAUAUAAACAUGACUGUAGAACAUACUUUGUGCUCAUGGUUUUGAUUGUGAAGCCUAGCAUUGCCUUGUGAGCUGUAUUUAUUCAUAAUGUCAAAGUACAUGUAAGUAAAUUUAAUAAUGUUAUCAAAUGUCAUGUAGAAAAAUGUGUAAGAAGUUCAAAUAAAUUGGAGAAUGAAUGAUG